AUGGACCCAAACGCGCCACUUCCCCUCCCGAGCGACGAAGUUGCCUUGUACCAAUUUAAGAAAAUUUUAUCAGUCUUAUCCAAUGACCAGGGUAUCAUCACAUCAAUUGCCCAACUAGCCGUCGCCAAUGUUGCGCACGCUGAUUUAUAUGUUGAAAUCAUAUCGAGUGAACUUGCUGAAGCGACUCAACCCGACAAGAGACUUUUAGUUCUUUAUGUUAUCGACAUGAUUGUUAAACUUGAUGUCACUCGAAUCUAUAUGCAGUGCCUCACUCCCUUUAUAUCAAAUGUAUUUCUUACGAUAUACUCCGACGCUAAUGAAACAGUUAGAAAUGCGCUAUGGCAACUCUUUUUAACAUGGUCUGGAGUAUUUCCAUUAGAGACAUUAAAUCAAAUACGUAUGGGUAUGACGAUGAUAUCUCAGGGGUAUAGAGGGAGCGCAGCUUUCUCUAUUAAUAACUCCGGAAGUUACAAUAAAACAAUGCAACCCACGGUUAUACCCGUCUCUUACGAGUCUCAACAAAGUAUCCCAAUUAACGUGUCCACACAACACAAUGUCAAUAUCUCAAACCCAUCGUUUACACCAGUCACUAGAUAUCAACAACCAAUGAAACAAAACACUCAAAGGUAUUCGAGUGAUAUGGGUAACACUAAUGUGACCUUCGGAAACAUCGAAACCAAAGACGAAGAAAAGAGUCUGCCACCAUCGACAGACCCAGAAUAUAUCGAUAAUGAGAAUUUGAUGGAGUCAGAGGCAAAUUCAAUAUCUAUCCCUAUUGAAACACAAGCUUCUCAACCAACUAAUAUCCCAAUUUACUCAUUCAAAAGCCAAACUACUACACCUACGUAUCAAACACAAAGAGAACAAAGGAAAAGUCAGAAAGGAAAAAGCGAGCAAGCAAUUGGAAAGAUGUGUCCGAUUUGUGGGUGCAAAUUUGUCGAUAUGGAAAGACAUAUGAAAUAUCACCAAGUCUUAUCCGCUUGCGGUGGACUCCAAUCACAACAACAGAAUUCGUGGGACGCAUUUCGACAACAAAAAUCACAACAACAACAAAACACUUAUCAGACUUACUGUUGCUCAAUCUGCGGGAGACCACUCACCGUGUUCACUACACAAGAUGGACAAAUAUAUUUCAAAGAUUGUGUAAUGGACCAACAAGGCCAAUUUGCUCACCAACAAUGUUUAAUGUCAAUGACCUACCAAUAG